AUGUUACCGGCAAUACGAGGCCCUGCAGAUUCGGGUUGCGGAGAGGAGACGUCAAGGUGGCGCCAAUCAUGGUUUGUCAAAUGCCCCGGCCCCGCCGGUCAACGUUGCAUUCAGAUCGGUGGAGCCGCUUUUUUUUUUCUUUCUUCCACUGUUCAGAGGUCACUGAGGGGCCCUGAUGGGACUGAGGGAGUUUUCUUGCCACUGGAGCUGAGCGGUCUGUACUGCACAGCCAGGUAG